CAACUGCCGAUAAACGCCAAAGAAGAACACCAGCCGUACCGCCGAUAAACCGAACAGAAGAGCGUCAGCUGUAUUGACCACGUGACAUUUGAAGAUGGCUGCCUGCAUGGAGAGAAAAAUAAAUUCAGAUGAACAGGAGUGGAUACUGGAGCCUCUGUGUUUCCCUGAGCAGCCUGCUACAGACAUCGGCACCAACGCAUCCUCUCAUCAUGACAUGGAGGUGGUGACCUGUGUGCUCUGCUCUCACUUCGCCCCUUUGUCAGAGAAGGACCGCCUCCUAAAGCACCUAGUACUGGAGCACAAGCUGGUCAUCGCUGAUGUCAAACUCAUCGCUGACUUUCCUAAAUACAUGGAAUACUGGAAGAACAGAAUCUCUGAGAAACCCAUCACAGAUUUCUGCAGUGUGAUCAAGACUAACUCGCAGGGCCCUGUUGAAAAACAGGAGCAUUACUUCCUUCUGUGUGAUGUCCUGCCAGAGGACAGGGUCCUCAGAGAACAUCUCCAACAGAAACGACUGGAGGAGAUCCUGGAGCAACAGCAGAGGGAGAGGGAUGACGACAGCUUCCAGCGCAUCUGCAUGUUCUGCAAUGACGAGUUCACUGGGAACAGGUCGUCACUGCUCAACCACAUGGCCAGGGAGCACUCGUUCAGCGUGGGACUGCCUGACAACAUAGUGUACUGCGUAGAGUUCCUUGACCACCUACAGAGCAAACUGGAUAAUCUGCAGUGCCUGUAUUGUGAGAAAACAUUCAGAGACAAGAUGACACUGAAGGAUCACAUGAGAAAGAAACAGCACCGCAGAAUCAAUGGCAACAACAGCGAGUAUGACUGCUUCUACAUCAUCAACUACCUGGAGCUGGGGAAAACAUGGGAAGAGGUCCAAUCUGAGGAUGAUCGGGAGAUGGAGGAUGAAGAUGAUGUUGUAUUUACCAUUGAGGAAAUGGCUGUCUGUCCUCUCUUCAGUGAUUGGUCAGACUGGCAGGCUCACCCAGUGUGUGCUGUGUGCCUGUUCUGUGAGCAGCAGUCAGAGAGCAUGGAGAAGAUCUACACACACAUGGAGGAAAGCCAUGGAUUUGAUCUGCACAAGUUGAAGACUGAACUCAAUCUGCGCUUCUACCAGCAGGUCAAACUGGUAAACUACAUCAGACGAGAGAUCCACCAGUGCCGUUGCUACGGUUGCCAGGAAAAGUUUGGGUCCAAACCUGAGGUUAUACGUCAUGUAAUGGAGGCAGGUCACGUGAUGCAGCUACCAGAGACGUCAACCUGGGACCAACCACAGUAUUACUUCCCCACCUAUGAGAACGACGCCCUCCUCUGUGCCUUGUCGGACAGUGACAGUGAAUCAGAACACACAGGCCCUUGGGGAGACGUCCCUGUCAUAGCUGAGGACAUCUCUAACCUGAAAGUCCUGAAGCAGACUAGCGUCCUCAGCCACCUUCUGAAGAACACAGACAGCUCUAGUUAAAAAGCUGGAUGGAUGGACCAAUGAUGUUAUAAACUCAGUGGAGGAUGCUCAGGGGAGAACGGCUCAUAGAGGGACACAGUGCAACAACUUCUUGCUUCGCUGUAUCUCCAACAAGCCAGUGAUGCUCAUCACACUGUGCACUUAGCAGAGGGGCACACAUGUGCAGAAAUGAACAUGGCCUGUUUCACAAGAAUUUCCUGAGCCUGGACUACAUUUAUGUAUGAUUUAAUGUCGUACAUGGUGAUUUGUACCAAGUAUAACAUACCUGCAGGUGGAUUUAAGUUUCAUACAGUAUGAUUGCUGACAAACGUGACCUCACUGCAGAGAUGUGACAAUUGCUGAAUGUAAAUAAACAUUAUGAAUAUACUAUAA